GGGGUAAUGCCAGUGAAAAGGUGUAAUGUGGAUCUAUUAGUUGACUGACUUUAAGGUCUGUGGAUGUAGUAGGUUAGGACAUUAGGACAACUUGUUUGCCUGAUCUUUUGUGCAACAGACUUGUCCUACUUUUUCUUAGGCAUGCACAUUAGAAACUCAAUAUCUUCUAUUUGAGGGUGUGGACUUUGUAAGAUUGCUUCUGGAGUAAUGGAUAACACUAUUCAUAAAUAUGUUCUGGUUUUUUUUGUUCGGUUUUUGGUUAUUGCAGCACAGGAUGACUCCACUAUUCUGCAAUCUAUCAAGAGUCAGUGGGUUAACACCCCGCCAAGUUGGGUAGGCUCGGAUCCAUGCGGAAACAACUGGGAAGGAAUUGCUUGCACUGAUUCUCGUGUGACAUCCAUAACAUUAGCAAGCACAAACUUGAAAGGUGAGCUGUCAGGAGACAUCACAAAUCUGUCUGAACUGAAGAUUCUAGAUUUGUCAUACAAUAAGGAUUUGACAGGAUCUCUUCCUACAACAAUCGGAAAUCUGAAGAAUCUAAAAAACUUAAUUUUGGUUGGCUGCGGUUUCACUGGCCUGAUUCCGGAAUCUAUUGGAUUUAUGCAGGAGCUGGUUUAUCUGUCUUUGAAUCUGAACAGCUUCAGUGGACAUAUACCAGCCUCUAUUGGAAUUGUCAAAGCUUUAUUGGUUGGAUCAGCAGAUAAUAAACUCAGUGGAGAAAUACCAGUCUCUGGUGAGAGCAAGCCUGGGCUUGAUUUGCUGGUUCAUGCAAAACAUUUCACUUUGGAAAAAAACCAGCUAUCGGGUGUCAUACCACCCAUUUUCAGCUCAAAAAUGAGCUUGAUACAUGUGUAUGUUCCGAGCAACUCCAUCACCGGAAGUUUCUCUACUCUAGGACUAGUCAGCACCUUGGAAGUGGUACGCCUGGACAGGAAUUCCUUGAGUGGACCCAUUCCUUCAAAUAUCAGUAAUCUUAUCACUGUCAACGAGCUGCACUUGUGUAACAAUAGAUUGACUGGCCCCUUGCCCGACCUUAGUGAAAUGAGCUUUCUUACUUUCUGUAAGGAUCUGAGCAACAACUCCUUUACUGUGUCUGAUGUUCCUCUUUGGUUUACAACAUUACCAUCUUUGACCACAUUAAUGAUGGAACGGACAGGGCUUCAAGGAGAGUGCCCCGUUGCACUUUUCAGCGCUCCUCAACUAACGACUAUAAUAUUAAGGCACAACCAGCUUAACGGAACCUUGGAUCUUGGAUCCAUUAGCAGUAAUCUUAAACUUGUCGAUCUGCAGGCAAUUCAAUAGCUGAAGUAAAACCAAAAUCUGGACACCGAUAAUAUAGUGCUUGUUGGUAACCCGGUUUGUGAAGAAUCAGGAGCAACUGAAAGCUACUGUACCGUUCCCACCCAUGUCCAGUACACAACACAAUUUAAUAAUUGUGCACCUGUUGCCUGUCAAGCUGAUCAAAUUAACAGCCCAAACUGUCAAUGUGUUCCAUACACGGGUACCCUAAAUUUCAGAGCUCCUUCCUUCUCAGACUACACAAAAACCAUGUACGAAUCUCUGCGAGAUACUAUGUUGCAUGUUCUUCAGACAAAUCUAAUCCCUGUGGACUCAAUUUCACUGAAAAAUCACAAAAAUUUGGACAAUUACCUCUUAAUAAACCUGGAAGUUUUCCCCUCUGGUGGGCGUUUCAACCGAACAGGAAUUUCAAGAAUCGGCUUCAUGCUCAGCAACCAAACUUUUAAGCCUCCACGUUUUGGACCAUUUUAUUUCCUUGCUGAUGUUUACAAGUACCUCCCUGGUGGGCUACUUGUUGCAAUUAAAAGAGCUCAACAAGGAUCUACUAGGGUGGCCUUGAAUUUAAAACUGAGAUCGAGCUUCUUUCUAGAGUUCAUCACCGAAUGUUGUCGGCCUCGUGGGUUUCUGUUUUGGCAAGGUGAACAAAUGCUGAUCUACGAGUUCAUCCCAAACGGAACUUUAAAGGAAGUCUUUCAGGUAAUCUGGGAUCAGGGACUCAAAACGAACAACAUUUUACUUGACGGAACCUUAAAUGCUAAAGUCGCCGAUUUUGGCCUCUCCAAGCUAAUGGGUGACGCGGAGAAGGUCAUGUGA